CGUCGACCGAUCAACUGCUCGCUGAGGAGUGAGGUGGUUGAUGGACACACAGGCGCUAGUCACAUAAUCAAAUAUUUUACAAAAUCGGCCUAUACAUGUAUUUUUACAUAUCUUAUUAUAGUAUAUAGCCGUUUUAGAACAUUAAAAAGUGUGUGUCAAGUACCUGUGGAUGGACAUGUUUCUUCUAGUAUUAGGAUUGAUUGGAAUCAUAUUUUAUUUCUAUAAAUUAGUUACUGAGUACUCACCUUCAGAAUUUGAAGAAUCCUCCAUUGAGUCAUUCUUAAUCAGUGGUGGUCCUACCAAGAGUGGGCAGGUGACAAGUCAAGAUGAUAGAAAUCGUAAGGACUACAUAGAUGAGGGCCGGCAGUUGCUUAUUCUUUAUGGCACAGAGUAUGGCUGCAGUGAAGAGGUAGCCAGGCUCCUCUAUGACAAAAUUGAUGCCUUAAAUGACAAAGAUGAAGAAUACCCAUUGCAACCACGACUAUUGAAUGUGAGAGAUUUCAAGCUGAUUGAUUGGACCCAUGAACAAAUAUGCUUUGUUGUGAUCUCCACAAGUGGAGAUGGUGUGCCACCAACCGAUGCCAUAGAUUUCUACAACUACCUUCAGAACACUGAUGUUGUUGAAAUUAGAGAGAUGAGGUUCUCAGUUCUUGCCCUAGGUGAUUCAAAUUAUCCACAGUUCUGCAAAGUUGGCCAUACUCUUCAUGAAAGGCUAGUGACAUUAGGGGGAGAGUGUGUGGUCAGUCUGACUGAUGUGGAUAUGGAAGACUGGACAGUGAUCAAAUCAUGGCUGGACAGAGUGACGGCCUACCUGACCACUGCACACAUCAACCCCAGUGUGGACUAUAUCCGGCAUGGGGACAUCACAGAAGACAAUUGCUCAAGAAAAACUCCCUUUGUAGCAACACUUAAGGUGAAAAGACAGUUAACAGUGGUGGAGACACCCAUGGACAAGGAGACAGUCCACUGUGAGUUUGAUGUGACUGGCAGUGAACUCACCUGGCUUCCAGGGGAUGCAGUUGGGAUUUACCCAGAAAACAACCGAGCAGAAGUUUGUUGUCUGGUGUUAGCUAUGAAGUGUACUGGCAAUGAGUUGGGGCCUCUCCCAGCAUCUGCGUAUAAAACACAGGGUACCCCUGCAGGUGACCAGUGCCUGUCUUCAGUUCUACAGAAGUAUUACGAUCUCAAGUCAGUGAAGCCUGACCUCCUCUUGACCCUCAAAGAUCACCUUGGUAACUCACAGGAGGCCGGCAAAUUGGAACUGCUACUAAGAGAUGAGAUAUCAAAAAAGAAUACAAGACUGUAUGGGUACCUUGAACCUCGAGAGGUUGUAGAUGUGUUGGAAGACUUCCCCUCCCACACGUUACCAUGGCAACAUAUUCUACCCUGCCUAAAGGCUCUCCAGCCUAGAUACUACUCCAUUGCUUCAUCGCCAAAAGUGGACAAGAACACUAUAUGUGUGACAGCAGCUGUGGUGCGAUAUGAAACCCUAGGGCGGCCCCGUACCGGUGUGACCACCACAUACCUUCAGGACCGGCUUGAGGUUGGAGGUCACUGCCCCAUGUUUAUCAGUCACAACCCGGGAUUCCAGCCACCAGCCUGCCGGAGUAUUCCAAUCAUUAUGAUAGGUCCUGGGACUGGCAUAGCACCCUUUAUUGCUUUUAUACAAGAAAGGGCUAUAGAGAAAGUAUCAAAGUCUUCAGAUGAAAGUUUUGGCUCAGGGAGAACCUUGCUCUACUUUGGUUGCAGACACAGAGACAGGGACUACCUGCAUCGAGAACAUCUUGAGGCAUGGAGUAGCUCAGGUGUGCUGGAGUUAAGGGUGGCAUUCUCCCGGGACCAGGCCCACAAAGUGUAUGUGCAACAUUUACUACACGAUGAUGGGGCUCAAAUCUGGGCACUUUUGGAGAAGGAGAAAGCACACCUGUAUGUAUGUGGGGAUGCCAAGCACAUGGCACACGAUGUUCACACCACACUGCUGGACAUUGUCCAGGGUCAAGGUCACAUGACCAGAGAAGAGGCAGAGAUGUAUCUAACUGACCUUGAGGCUAGUGAACAAUACCAGAAGGAUGUCUGGGUAGUUUGAUGAUGGUGAUGAUUAAGUGCCAUAUCAUUUAUGUAUUGUCUAUAAUUAUAUACAAUCAUUUCUUAUAUUUCAAUGAAGCUAUUCUGUGAUAUUAUUUACACUGCCCUUUUAGAUGUAGAUUAUUUGUAAUUAAAUUAAUACAUUAAACUUUGACAUAAACAAAUGUAUUCUAUGCUUUAUUUUUGCAAUAAAUUGCAUAUGUAAACAUUUCUGUUCCUACUUAAUCAUAAAAUGCUUUGGGUGGAUUGGUUCAGAAUGGUAAAUUUUUGUGUUGUUUUUAUUUUGAAAAUACUUCAAGCAGUUUAAAAGUUUUUGAAUUAGCAAGGAAAAAUGGCUGACAUUCGACAAGUUAUUUUGAUUAUUUUCUAGCUGUUAAAAUUAUGGAUUGAAUAUGAAGAGAAUGUGAACUCGUACCACCAAAACAGCUUUGUACAGGCUUUCAAAACCAUCUGAAGUCUGUUUAUAGAGAUAUCAAACAUAGUAUAAGCACAGAGUGCACUCUGAAAUUUCAAAAUAAGCUAUGUAUACCAUAUUCAUCACUCGUACUUGUACGACCUUUGCUGGCAGUCCAUUUAAAACGUCUUCAUUAGAAGGCAACAAUUGUUUGAACUUGAUUCACUUUUAGAUUAGGGAACAGAUAACACCGAGUCAACUCAAUGCUUAAUGCUUUAAAAUCUUGUAAGGCAUGAAUCAGCAAUAACAGAAUCUGUUAUCGGACAAAUGCCCCACAAGUUCAGCCAGUUCAAUGGAUAAUGCAAUUACUAAUAUGCCUACACUCAGGAAUGAAAUUAAAUCACUUACAAAUUAUUCGACUGACACAAGUACAAGUAGUGUUCUGCAUUACCUUGAUAACAUAGUAUAAUACACACAAAACUUAUCUCUAAAUCAUUUCAUAAAAACUGAUGGACUACUGUAUGUAGGUCCAGAUGGGUCCUGUGAAUACCACAUGUACUCUUUAUGAACCUAAGACAGGUUAGAUGUGUAAGGAAAUCCCUGUAUGCAAGCUCAACUGACAGCACGUAAAUAGACUAAAAGCAGGUGGACAUAAUUCUAGAGGCAAGACAUGAUGAUUUAAAUAUGCUUGUCUUCAGGGGAAUAUGUUCCUCUGAAUAACCUAUACAUUCCAGCAUAACAGUGCAGAACCCAUAAUAUGUAGCCUAUAAGUGAGACUGACCUUUGAGGAAGGGACGCAGGUUAAUGCGACACAUUGUCUUUUUGUACCAAACACACACAUGCAUUUUAAAAAAAUCAAUCUGUGCAUACCAAAGAUACAGCUCAGACAUGACUUACUAUACUUUAUAUGCAUAUCGAAGCAUUCCAUAAUGGUAUACCUGUAAGUGUGACCUUGAACUUUGUGGUAGGGGUCGUGGGUCUUGCAGAAGAUAAUUCAGCUUUUUGUAUUGAAACUUGUGUGCAAAUUCAUUUCAAAAUUGCUCCAUGCAUGAAAAAGUUACAGCCUGAACACAGAAAAACCAUAAGGAUAGAUGCACUGACAGU